GUAGAGUAUAAGGAGAUGGACGAUAAAUUAGCAAAUCUCUCCGAGGAUAACAAUGAUUCGGACGAAGAUAAACCUGUGAAGGAGAAGAAGCAAGUGCUGCCACCACCCCCUCCCCCUCCGCCAGAGCCUGAGCCAGAGGAAGAGAGUGAGAAUGAGGACCCUACAGGUCUUGAAGGCGCAGCUUUCCAGAGCAGACUGCCAUUUGACAAGAUGACAUCACAGGAGGCUGCUUGCUUUCCUGAUAUCGUCCAGAGUGGCCCGCAGUCGCAGAAACUCUUUCUGCAAAUACGAAACAGGAUCUUGCAGUUAUGGAUCGAGAAUCCAAAACAGCAGCUGACGAUCGAACACGCAGUAUCGCAGGUGGAGCCACCAUACAACAGUGACGGGCCGUUGGUGCUGAGAGUGCACGCAUUCCUUGAACGGCAAGGCUACGUCAACUUUGGGCUCUACCAGCGUCUCACUCCACUGCCAGGUGGAAACCCAGUAACGACGCUCAGCAAGCAGAUUCACAUAGAGCUGCAUAAGAUCAAGCAGAAGUGUCCCUUGUACGAGAGCAACGGAAACACGAUUCCCAAAGACAAAGAUGAGAUGGUGGAGAGAGAGUUCAAUCGGUUGCUUGAAGCCACGUCGUACCUUUCACAUCAACUCGAUUUCAACUACCUGAAUGGCAAGCCUGUCUCUCUGGGCCAUGCACUCGAGAUUGUCAUAAAGUUACAGGAGAAGCAUGUAAAAGACAGACAGGUUGAACACUGGAAGAGCAUCAUUGAGUUACAGGAACAGCUCAAAACUACCCAAUCAAAGAUGCUUGCGUUGAGGGACCGGCUGCAGCUGCUGCAGCGGCAGCACAAGGAGGCUUCCGAGGUCAAGCCGCCGCGCGACAUUACCGCUGAAUUUCUGCUACGCAGCAAGCUGAGAGACCUGCGCAGUGCGUGUAAGGAAUACGAUCACCUGGUCGCGAGAGAGAAGGAGAUCGAGGAGAAGCUGCAGGAGCUGGAGUCCUCCCCACCGAGCGACGUCUACUUAUCGUCGAAAGAUCGGCAGAUCCUCGACUGGCACUUUGCGAACCUGGAGUUUGCGAAUGCGACACCGCUGACGACUCUCUCGCUGAAGCACUGGGACCAAGACGAUGACUUUGAGUUCUCCGGCAGCCAUCUUACAGUGAGAAAUGGCUACUCGUGUGUACCAAUGGCACUGGCGGAAGGCCUGGAUAUCAGACUGAGCACAGCCAUCAGGCAGAUUAGAUACGGUGCUAAUGAGAAUCCGAAGGAGACGGUCGUGACGCGGUGGCGCGCAGACCCGUGGUCACGUGGAUCAUACACGUACGUUGCCGCCGGAUCUUCAGGCAACGACUAUGACCUCCUGGCCGCACCGAUCGGUGUGUCACCCAUCAUGCCGGGAGCGCCACCGCAACCCAACAGUCUACCGAGGCUGUUCUUCGCUGGAGAGCACACAGUGCGGAACUAUCCGGCGACGGUUCACGGAGCCUUGCUCAGCGGCAUGCGCGAGGCUGGACGUAUCGCUGACCAGUUCCUCGGCUCCCCCUACGCUGCGCCGCGACCGACGGCGCCCCCUGCUGGCGCGCAGUCCGCACCCGCAGCCCUGGCCGCGGUCGCGGCAACGGCGCAAUGAGGCGACGGCUCGCCCUCUCAACCUUUCUGGACGGCGACGGAAUUUGGCGAAGACUCACAGUCGGCGAUAAUGGGCGGUGCGUGCAUACAGACACAAUGCUAACAUCAUAUUGCUGUGAGGAGGUGCUUUCUAAAAAAAAAUGGACAAAAACAUGCAUGACCGUAAUACUAGCUGGUGGGGGUUUUGUGUGUUCUUCAUAUCGGUAUGUGAUCGGUAGAGCACGCUGACAAAUGGCGAGGGGGCCGGAGCAGUUAGAGCUGCAGGCGUACGAGUUCCUUUUGUUUUGUUUUAAAGGAAAAUUGAAAUGCAGUGGCUCAUGUCUAGAGACAGUAGCGUUAAUAAAGUUGCGAUUACGUUACCAUGGUGACCAUACUCCAAGUGCCUGCGUGCACACCAGCUUCCAAUCGGUCGGACGCAAUGGAUGGCCAGUAGGCAUAUGUAGUGGGAGGAUUCAGAUAUGAUAAUAAGAUGGAUCAGGGGUGGUGCCAGGGGGAUGGCAGGGAGUGCUACAGCCCUCCUUCCACCGUUGGGGAAGCUUGGCCCUCCCCCACCCCGUCGAGUAUGCAACUCUCGGAAAAAAUUAAGUAACUCGGUGCGGCGUCUGUGAAGAAAAUUUUUCAGUCGAUCUUCGUUCGCAGCCCUGCGCUAGUCGUAGUAGUAAUAUUAAUGUACGAAAACGAUAGGCAGGACGAAGGGCCGGUUAUAGAUACAGCAACUAUUCUGUGCUGAAAAUGCACAGAAUCGCAUUUUGAGCCGUGAAAUAUGGAAAAGUUCUAUAAUACUACCCACGCCGUAGCGCCCCCUAUCGUCGAAAAUCUUGACUCGCCUGUUGCGACCAUGACCUCAUUGUCGGGCGAUCUCGGGUGCGAUACCUAGGAUGGGAUCGCUCGAUGUGAUUUCUAACAGGAUAUAUAGACAGGAAUGUGAGCUUGAACGUAGAACCCUACUAGAUGUGUACGCAAUCCAAGGGCACAUUCACAAUAGAUCGAUGUAGGCUCUGAGGCUCAUCGUCAGAGCUAGUUUGGUCGUGGGAAAACAGGGUAGAUGAGAAUGACUGGAUACGGGAGAUUGCGAUUCGCAUUUUGUUUCCCCGCACGUCGGAUCGGAUGGGUGGGUCGAUGGAAGAAAGGUUGAGUUUUUCGUGUUCAAUUUUAAUCGGAUCGCAAAUAAAUAUUUUUCUCGCGUUCACGAACGAUCGGUCCCUCGCGAUAUCAUUCCUCUUGGUAGUGAAGGUGUUUGCUAAAUGAGAUGUGUAGUGUGUCAACUUAGAAUAGUGUUCCGUGACUAAAAUGAAAUACAGGUUUAGGCUAGUUACCUGAGAUGUAGUAGAAUUAAUUUAUUCGAUGUUUGACUGAAUAUACUAAAGGGUUACUGCUCUGAGAAUUGCGUCCACUGGUUUUUUACUAGGAAACAUGGUCAGUUAUCAUCUCUUGAACGUUGUCAAUUAUGUGUGUCAUUUCUUACAGUAGUGUUUCAAGCUGUGAAAGUGUAAUUUUGUAUUCGUUGUAAAAAGUAAAUUAAUAAAAAAAAUUUAAAAUUAAUAGAA